UCCACAUUAAUCAUGGGAUUCAUAUUUCAUUUCCAAUUGGUGUUGUUUUGCAGUUUGAUCUUGGGUUCAAUUGCUUCAGAUGCAAAUGAGGAGGACGAAAAGAUGUACGUUGUAUAUAUGGGUAGCUCCCGUGAGAAAGAGCGUGAUUUGCUUGUGAGAAGUCAUGUACAGCUGCUCUCAUCUGUCUGGGGAAGUCGCAACCAAGCAGAAGAGUCGCUUGUGAAUAGCUACACAUAUGCUUUUACAGGAUUCUCAGCAAAGUUAUCCUCUCAACAAGCUAGUGCACUGGCUGACAAGCCAGGAGUUGUAUCAGUGUUCCCUGAUCCAAUUCUGGAGCUUCAUACAACACAGUCAUGGGAUUUUCUCCAAAUGCAAUUGGGCACUUCCUUCGACUAUCCAAAUGUGUCUUCCUCUGAUCAAGAUGCCAUCAUAGGACUUUUAGAUACAGGGGUAUGGCCAGAAUCAGCGAGCUUCAAUGAUGUGGGCAUCGCCGCUACUCCUCGUCGGUGGAAAGGCGCAUGCAUGCAAGGCAAAGAUUUUACUGUUUCCAAUUGCAACAGGAAAUUAAUUGGCGCAUGGUAUAACAAGGCAACAUCUAAAUCAAAAACCGUAUUCACAAAAUCCAUGACAGCAAGAGAUUCGAACGGCCAUGGCACCCACACGGCCUCUACUGCAGGUGGAAAUGCAAUAGCAAAUGCAAACUACUACGGGCUUGCCAAGGGAACUGCGAGAGGCGGAUCAACCUCCUCCAGAAUAGCAAUUUACAGAGUGUGUACUGAAGAAGGGUGUCUGGGUUCGAACAUUUUGGCUGCCUUUGACAAUGCAGUUAACGAUGGAGUGGACAUUUUGUCACUCUCGCUUGGAUCCUCUUCAACUUUCAUUCCUUAUACAGAGGACCCAAUAGCCAUUGGAGCUUUCCAUGCUACACAGAAAGGAAUUCUGGUUGUUUGUUCUGCUGGAAACAAUGGGCCUGAUCGUCAAUCUGUUGUCAACACAGCUCCUUGGAUUUUCACAGUUGCAGCAACCACCAUUAACAGACAAUUCGGAUCAAAUGUUAUUUUGGGCAAUGGCAAGACAAUCCAGGGUAUGGGCAUAAACUUUUCAAAUCUUAGCCAAUCAAAAAUGUACCCACUUGUGGAUGGGGGUAGUGUCGGUACCUCUUCUAGUUCUACUGAUGAUUCAAGGAACUGCAAUCCAGAUUCUCUGAGUGCUUCCAAACUGAAAGGAAAGGUAGUAUUAUGUCUCAACACUGACACAUCUUACGGAAGGCAAGAUAAGAAAGGGGAGGUGAAAAACAAGAGAGGCAUAGCCAUGAUCCUAGCUGAUGAUUCACAGAAAUCAGUUGCAGCCAAUUAUGGCACUUUUCCUUCUACUACAGUCAGUAACGCACUUGCAAAAGAGAUCUUAUCAUACAUAAAAUCAACCAAGAAUCCGGUUGCAACUAUUUCUCCAACAGAGGAUAUUCAAAAUUAUAAACCAGCACCUGUUAUUCCAUAUUUCUCAUCAAGAGGACCUGCUACUCAAACUGAAAACAUUCUCAAGCCGGACAUAAGUGCACCAGGUGUGAACAUACUUGCUUCUUGGAUUCCUACGAGUUCCUCAUCAGGCGAUGUUCCCAUGGGAAUGAAACCAUCCUUAUUUAACAUAAUAUCUGGGACAUCCAUGGCAUGCCCUCAUGUUAGUGGAGCUGCUGCACUUCUAAAAACAGUUCAUCCCGCAUGGAGCUCAUCUGCUCUCAGAUCAGCACUCAUUACAACAGCUACUCCAAUGAACAAUGUUGGUAGUACAAUGACAGACGAUACAGACGCAGUUGGCACUCCAUUUGACUUCGGUGGUGGAGAAAUAAAUCCAAGGGCAGCUCUUGAACCUGGUCUUGUGUAUGAAACAUCCAAUCAAGAUUACUUUGAUUUCUUGUGCAACUCUGGAUUGGAUUCUGAUGAGAUAAAAUCAAUCUCAGGCAACGCCAAUUACAAGUGCCCAUCCAAUGCGGCAGAGGAGUCCAUCAGUCUAAUGAACUACCCAACAAUUUCUCUGACCAAGCUGAAUGUGGGAAGAAUAAAAACUGUGAGCAGAACAGUGGGAAAUGUGAGUCCCAAUGGAGAAUCCACAUACAAGGUUAGCAUUGAUGCUCCUGCAGGAUUGACAGUAAGCGUUUCUCCAGAUACUCUUUAUUUCACUAGCACUUCCAACAAGUUAUCUUUCAACGUCAUGUUUAAGGCAACGAGUGCCAAAACAGAUGAAUAUCUAUUUGGUUCUCUCACUUGGGUCGAUGGUAAACACACUGUUCGCACUCCCUUUGUUGUAAAUGUUGCUUAGUUGAAGUGAGCUUAAGUAAAGGUGUUCUCAAAGCACUCUUUUAUGGUCAUUAUUAGACCCACAAAUAAGCUCCUACUAUAUUCAUGCUAAUACUUAGAUUCUGAAGUUGAUCUGGAAUCGUAUUGUACCUUUUCAAAGGGCUCUAAUUUGCAAGUAACCAGCAAAUCUAAAGACAUAAGAUAUAUGUUAAAAAAAAUCUUUUUAGGAAGAUAUGUAAAUGUUCAAUAUUACCGAUAUUGUAUCGAUGUAUUAAUAUUCUACAUUAUAACAAUAUUAUAACAAUAUUCUAUAUCA